GGUAUUAAACGCCCCGUUUGUUUCACCUCCUCGGCUAAGAUUAUAAUAUGGUUGCUUAGAGGCCCAAAUCCAAGGCUGGAGGCCCAAAUCUCAGGCCUCGCUGCGCCCGGCGGGGUUUUUCAAAAAUCUAAACCCCUAGAGAGCUCCACCCAUGUCGAUCUUUCUGAUACGCGCGCUCUCAUAUCGGAACGUCCUUCUCUUCCGUAGCUCCCCGCUGCUCAGUCGCGAGCUCCGUCAAUGCAACCCCGAGCCACCGCACAGGGUUCUCUCUCUUCCCUCCAAUUUUUCCACGUUUUCAGAAAAAGAAAAGGAAGGUGAAUCGGCUGCGAGUACAGUUGAAAUUCUGCCAAACAUGGGGCCAACGAUCAAGGCGAACGCCACCUCACAUAUGGAGGCGGCGAUCGCAGCGUUAACCGCCGAAUUAAGCAAACUGCGUACCGGAAGAGCAGCUCCGGGAAUGCUUGAUCACAUCAUUGCGGAAACCGGCGGUGUGAAGUUGCCCUUGCAUCAGAUUGCCGCUGUUUCGGUCAUUGAUUCAAAAACGUUAUCAAUCAACCCGUUCGAUUCAACGGCCAUAUCAAGCUUGGAGACUGCCAUUGUUGAAUCUCCAUUGGGGUUAAAUCCUAAGGUGGACGGGGACCGACUGAUUGCAGCUAUUCCUCCAUAAGCAGGCAUCUGAUUGUCACUCAUGCUGUCACGAAUUUUUGUGAACAUAUCCUACCAGGCUUUCUGUAAAGUGGUUACCAAGUCCUCUGAAGAUGGCAAGCAGAGUAUUCGAAGAGCUCGCCAAAAGGUUGAUGAGUUGACUAAAAAGUUUGUCAAGACAGCAGUGGACUUAUGCAAGGCAAAGGAGAAGGAGAUCAGUUCAGGCUAACAGGUGGUGU